GGAAAAAGCAAAGCUAGGGCGCCAAAGGUUGGCACUUUGUGGUUCGCUGAGCUGAGCCGCGUCGACCUCAACUGAAAUCGCUGGUCAUCCAAACAAACACUGCUCGGGAGGUCCUUGCAACUUAACAUCAUACCCUCUCCUGCUGUGUUUCUCUCUUCUGGGUGUUGAGCAUCAACAACACCGACGACGGACAUCUCCGCACCUGCAUGCACGAGCUUGCAGCAUCGCGCUCGGGCAGUUAGCUUUACUUAGACAUUGUUUGCCUUCUAUCCAUCUCGACAGCCCACGAUGCCGGUCGACGAGGCGAAGCCAGCUGGGAGUACCUCCCCUGUUCCCAGGGGGGAGAAGCUCGAAGCCCAGAUCAAGAGCGCCGACAUGACCGAGGACAUGCAACAAGAGGCGAUCGAAGUGGCCCAGGAUGCGAUGGCAAGGUUCACCAUCGAGAAGGAUAUUGCCCAGCACAUCAAGAGAACGUUCGAUGAGAGGAAGGGCCCUACCUGGCACUGCAUUGUGGGCCGCAACUUCGGCAGCUUCGUAACUCACGAAACGAAGCACUUUAUCUACUUUUACCUCGGCCACUGCGCCAUCCUGCUAUUCAAGACCCAGUAGGGACGAGGCCUCCUCCGUUUUCUCUCCCGGCUGUGAAGCGAAGCCGUUCGCUUUAUCCAUGGCUUUGUCAACUCGUCAGUUCAGCGAGCGAGUGCACAUACGGAAACGGACGGAGGAUUGUCCCCAUUGCGGGCGACCCGGGCCGGCCAGACAAAGGCAGUGACAACCGAAAUAACCACGAGCUAAGGGAAACAAAGCAUGGAGGAGGAAGGAGAAGACGAGGGAGGAGGCGGGAGAAGAGAAUGAACUCCUGAGCGUGACGGGAUGGAUGGGAAGAUUGCUUGUCAACGACAGACACAACAAUCAUAUCCCACAACGAGCUUUCUAUGCGCUGUAAUAUGUUGAUGACGGGGCCGACGAGGACGUGUGGCAAACAACGUGCUCCCAA